UCAAAAAGGAUUCCACCGGGAUUUCACCGGGAUUCGGGCAGUGUUCAUCAAUAGGGGAUAUGUCGGAGGCGAUCCGGGUGGCGGUACGGAUCCGGGAUCUGUUGCCGCGGGAGCGCGAGCUUCUGAAGAAGGAGCCCUAUUGGCAAUGGGAGGGCGCCCCGGCCCACCAGAUCUGGCCCAGCGGGGCGGCCAAGAAAUUCACCUUCGACCGGGUGUACCCGCCGCCAGCCGACAAUGCGGCCGUGUACGCGGGCCUGAUGGCCGAGGGCAUCGAGUCCGUGGUCCAGGGCUUCAACACCACUGUCUUCGCUUACGGGCAAACCGCAUCCGGUGGGUGGGUUUUCAAAGUCAUGCCUGCCGGCCAGACCCGCUGA